GCAGCCUCCACUCUCUUACAGCGUUUAGUGCACGCAGAGCUCCCAUCAGGACAGGCGUUUCCUCAAGAUGAAGUUUUCCUGCUUCAAAGCCUGUGAUCCAAACAUCAGGAAUGCAGAUGUUCUGUAUCUCCGUGACAACGACAAUCAGAACCUGUGGAACGGAACUGCUCCUAUUUGCUCCUCUGUGUCUCAACCUGCUCCUUCCAGAUGCUUGGUGUGCUUUCAGGAUUCCCUUUAUGCCGUUUGCUCCUAUUUACUAGAGGAGACUCCAGUCAUGGAAGGAGAUGGAAACAACAUCCAGAUAGCAAAUAACACCUGUCCCACAUGUAAGGCUGGUCUUCCUUCAGCAGAUGAUCCAACAUGGAUCAUUUUACUGAUCGUCUUCAUCCUCCUCUUCUCCAUCCUCUUCAUCGGUGUGGGAAUUUGGAAGCGAGAUAAGAUCUGCCUCAUGUUCCAGGGAUUCAGAGGGAAAACCGAGGAAGACGAAGAUGAUGCAGAGAAUUCCAACUCCCCUCAUGGUCCUUUUCUGUGUUAAACCAAGCAGGGCUGGUUAAGUGUGCCUGAUGACAUUUUACAAUUAAAAAAAUAAAAAAUAAACAAAUAAACUCCAUAUUUUACAAUCAG